AUGGACAAAUAUCCCCGUUCGCAUUCACCAUAUGGCUAUAAUCCAGUGGCAGGAUCAGGGCAAUAUGGCCAGCCUCCUCAAUAUGGCCAGCCUCCUCAAUAUGGCCAGCCCCCGCAGUAUGGCCAGCCCUCACAGUAUGGCCAACCCCCGCAAUAUGGCAAUGUCUCGUCACCAAUUCCGCAUGACAACUCCAAAGUUCGGAUAAUAAAAGUGAACAAAUGUCCGGACGAUUCGAAGGCAUUAACGAAUUACGUAUUUGUACAUCCGAGGGAUUUUCAACCAUCGAUACGUUACAUUGUUGUGACAAAAACUCAACUCGAUCCCGAUGAAGUCGCUCAAGGUCGCCCACAUCAAUAUGUAUUUACCAUGAAAACCGACGAAGCCAUUAAAGAGAAGGAACUUGGCUGUACACUGCUCCAACGUCGCUGGGCUAAACUUUCGCUAGGUCAAGAAGUAUCAGUUGUUGCAUAUGUGCCGGAUUCUAACAGCUACUUAUAUAGACUACAACUGGAAGUUCAGUUCUUUAAGAAGCAGACUGAUAGACAUGACCAUGUCUUCGACACGGAUCAAAUGUCGAGGGUCUUCUUACAGAAUUUCAACGAACAAAUAUUUUCAAAGCAACAGCUUCUUGCCUUCGAUUUUGAAGGGGAUACCCUCCAGGUUACUGUGAUGGCUUUAGAAACAACCAACUUGCAAGUUCCCGACAAGAAAUCACAAGGAGAGCGUAUAGACACCUCGCAAACGGGUCAGGAUACUGUUCGUGGGAUCUUGGUGCAACAGACCGAAAUCCAUUGGUCGAAAGCUGCAGAUUCUUUGAUUAGAUUGAAAGGAUCGUCAAGAAGUUCUACUGCUCCCAAGAUAAUUCAGCCAAAUUUUAAGUUUGAAGAUAUGGGUAUUGGUGGAUUAGAUUCAGAAUUUAGCGCCAUAUUUCGGCGUGCCUUUGCGUCUAGGAUAUUCCCACCCACUUUGGUGGAAAAACUUGGUAUCCCGCACGUCAAAGGUAUCCUUCUAUAUGGACCACCAGGUACGGGUAAAACACUGAUGGCCAGACAGAUUGGUAAGAUGUUGAAUGCGCGCGAACCCAAAAUUGUGAAUGGCCCGGAGGUCCUGAGUAAAUAUGUUGGUCAAUCGGAGGAGAAUGUUCGAAAACUGUUUGGUGACGCAGAAAAGGAGUAUAAAGCCAAAGGAGAAGAUUCGGGAUUGCAUAUUAUAAUAUUCGAUGAAUUGGAUGCAAUAUGCAAGCAGCGUGGCAGCAGGAGUGAUUCCACUGGUGUCGCUGACACUGUUGUCAAUCAGUUGUUAGCAAAGAUGGACGGUGUGGAGCAAUUGAACAAUAUCCUUCUCAUUGGUAUGACUAACCGUAUGGAUUUGAUUGACGAGGCUUUGCUACGACCAGGCCGUCUUGAAGUGCAUAUGGAGAUAGGGCUGCCUGAUGAGAAAGGGCGUCUUCAAAUCCUUAAGAUACAUACUGCACGUAUGCGUGAGAAUAACAUUCUCGACUCGGAUGUUGACAUGGCUGAACUUGCGAGUCUGACCAAAAAUUUCAGUGGAGCCGAGAUCAAUGGUCUUGUCAAGAGUGCUUCAUCUUUUGCGUUCAAUCGUCAUGUAAAAGUGGGUACUCUGGCAAUAGUUGCUCCUGAUGUUGAGGAUAUAAAAGUGAACAGGGAUGAUUUCUUAUCAGCGCUGGAUGAGGUACAGCCAGCAUUUGGUGUUAGUGAGGAGGAGCUGCAGCAAUGCGUGCAGAAUCCAAUUAUUUAUUACUCUCCCAGAGUCGAGGUAAUAUUAGGUGAUGGAAAGUUAUAUGUGGAUCAAGUAAGGAACAGCGACAAAACUCCGGUUGUCAGUGUUCUUCUACAUGGUCCUUCUGGAAGUGGGAAGACAGCCUUGGCUGCUUCAAUAGCAUUAUCAUCUGAAUUUCCAUUUAUUAAGCUCAUAUCCCCUGAGAAUAUGGUUGGUUUCUCAGAAUCUGCUAAGAUAAGUGCGAUAAACAAAGUGUUUAGCGAUUCUUAUAAAUCACCUCUAAGUAUUAUUGUUGUUGAUAACAUCGAGCGAAUACUUGAUUGGGUGCCAAUUGGGCCUAGAUUUUCCAAUGCAGUAUUACAGACGUUAAUGGUUUUGUUAAAGAAACGUCCGCCAAAGGACCGUCGAUUAUUGAUUCUCUCCACGACAAACGAAAAAUCUGUUCUUGAGAACAUGGAUAUGUCGGAUUGCUUUAAUUCCGAAUUGUACAUUUCUAAUAUUGCAGACCUUCAGUCUAUUAGUCACGUGCUGGAUGAUUCGCAAUUAUUCUCACCAGAGGAGAAGAGGGAAGCUUUAGAAAGAUUACGCAUAAGUGGAAUAGAUCAAAGGAUUUCAAUAGGCAUCAAGAAGUUGAUGAUGGUUAUCGAAAUGAGUAGACAGGACGUCGAUAAGGUUGACAAGUUUGUCAAUACUCUGAUGGGGUUGUAA